GCUCGCUGGGGACUGGCAGGAACCGGAGCAGCACUGCCGCCUCUGGCGCGAAGGCUCAGGCGCCUCCUCCCGCCCCAGUCACUGUGGCUCGGCGCAAGCUGCCGGCGGCUGCCCUUUCCGCCUCUCGAGAAGAAAGCCCGCGGGCCGCCGCCGCGCUUGAACCAUGGCCUCGGGCCGAAGGGGCUGGGACAGCUCCCACGAAGACGAUCUGCCCGUGUACCUGGCCAGGCCGGGCACCACGGACCAGGUCCCGCGGCAGAAGUACGGCGGCAUGUUCUGCAACGUGGAGGGCGCCUUCGAGAGCAAGACGUUGGAUUUCGAUGCCCUGAGCGUGGGGCAGCGGGGCGCGAAGACUCCCCGCAGCAGCCAGGGCAGCGGCCGCGGCUCGGGGAGCAGAGCCGGGGUCGAGGGGGACACCCCGCGCAGGGGCCAAGGCCGGGAGGAGAGCAGGGAGCCGGUGCCCGCAUCGCCCGCGCCCGCCGGGGUGGAGAUCCGGAGUGCCACAGGCAAGGAGGUUUUGCAGAACCUCGGCCCCAAGGACAAGAGUGACCGUCUUCUUAUCAAGGGAGGCAGAAUUGUCAACGAUGAUCAGUCCUUUUAUGCUGAUAUUUACAUGGAAGAUGGUUUAAUAAAGCAAAUUGGAGACAAUCUGAUUGUCCCUGGAGGAGUGAAGACCGUCGAGGCCAAUGGGAAGAUGGUGAUCCCUGGAGGCAUCGAUGUCCACACUCACUUCCAGAUGCCAUACAAGGGAAUGACCACAGUGGAUGACUUCUUCCAAGGGACAAAGGCUGCCUUAGCGGGGGGCACCACCAUGAUCAUUGACCACGUGGUGCCCGAGCCUGAGUCCAGCCUGACGGAGGCCUAUGAGAAGUGGCGGGAGUGGGCCGAUGGCAAGAGCUGCUGUGACUACGCCUUGCACGUGGACGUCACCCACUGGAAUGACAGCGUCAAGCAGGAGGUGCAGAGCCUCAUCAAGGACAAAGGGGUUAACUCCUUCAUGGUUUACAUGGCCUAUAAGGAUUUGUAUCAAGUGUCCAACACGGAGCUCUAUGAGAUCUUCACCUGUCUGGGAGAGCUGGGAGCCAUUGCUCAAGUUCAUGCUGAGAAUGGGGAUAUCAUUGCCCAGGAGCAAACUCGGAUGUUGGAAAUGGGGAUCACUGGCCCAGAAGGCCAUGUACUGAGCAGACCAGAGGAGCUAGAAGCUGAGGCUGUGUUCCGUGCCAUCACCAUCGCCAGCCAAACCAACUGUCCUCUUUACGUCACGAAGGUCAUGAGCAAGAGUGCGGCCGACCUCAUCUCACAAGCCAGGAAAAAAGGAAAUGUGGUCUUUGGCGAGCCCAUCACUGCCAGCCUCGGCACAGAUGGAACCCAUUACUGGAGCAAGAAUUGGGCUAAGGCUGCUGCAUUUGUGACAUCCCCACCUCUGAGUCCCGACCCGACAACUCCUGACUACAUCAACUCCUUGCUGGCCAGUGGGGACCUGCAGCUCUCUGGAAGUGCCCACUGCACCUUCAGUACUGCCCAGAAAGCCAUCGGGAAGGACAACUUCACAGCCAUUCCCGAGGGCACCAACGGGGUGGAGGAGCGGAUGUCUGUCAUCUGGGACAAGGCCGUGGCCACAGGAAAAAUGGAUGAAAACCAGUUUGUGGCCGUGACAAGCACAAAUGCUGCCAAGAUCUUCAACCUGUAUCCCCGUAAGGGAAGAAUAUCUGUGGGUUCUGACAGCGACCUGGUGAUCUGGGAUCCAGAUGCUGUAAAGAUUGUCUCUGCCAAGAACCACCAGUCGGCUGCAGAGUACAACAUCUUUGAAGGGAUGGAGCUGCGUGGGGCGCCUCUGGUGGUCAUCUGCCAGGGGAAGAUCAUGCUGGAAGAUGGCAACCUGCACGUGACGCAGGGGACCGGCCGUUUCAUCCCCUGCAGCCCGUUCUCUGACUAUGUCUACAAGCGCAUUAAAGCCCGGAGGAAGAUGGCAGACCUGCACGCUGUCCCGAGGGGCAUGUAUGAUGGGCCCGUGUUUGACCUGACCACCACGCCCAAGGGGGGCACACCUGCCGGCUCCACCCGGGGCUCUCCCACGCGGCCGACCCCUCCCGUGAGGAACCUCCAUCAGUCGGGAUUUAGCCUGUCCGGCACCCAAGUGGAUGAGGGGGUCCGCUCCGCCAGCAAGCGCAUCGUGGCGCCCCCUGGAGGCCGUUCUAACAUCACAUCCCUGAGUUAAGCAACCCCUCCGCAGAGGGGCAGAAGCAAGAAGAGAUUUCUUUGAAGCCAAAAUGGUACACCAAUAUUUAAGAAGGAAAGCGAAUCCAAACAGUUGCGAUCUAAAGAAUCAAUAAGCCUCAAGCCUUAUGUUUCUCCAAUGUUACGCUCGCUUGCCUAGCUUUACGAAUAUUGCUUUGUUUUCUGUUUAUGCAUAGCCUUGAUUGGUUUGAGCCCCCCCCCCAUUUACAUGCAUGCAAUCAGACAGGCCACUAAGGUGAAAGAGUCUGCUAUAUAGUGUCGAGAGCGUGUGUAGUGCUGCAUCUUAUGACAAGGGGACAGACAAAGCUGGGAUGUCAGGAAAAUGAUAGAAGGGACGCAGGUUAUUUGGGGUGAGUGGGUGGUGGGAGCCCAGAGCAAAGCGGAGGGCUCAAGGGUGGGGUAGGGUGGAUACGGGGGAGGUGGGUGGGUGAGCUGAAGGGGUCUUGUGUAUUGUGUUGAUGAAGUGCGUUUAUUUCCAUGGAAGAUGGCCACUUGGGCAGCCGUCACUUCAUCACAGUCCCCCGGGGUCUGCGGAGAAGACAGGCAGUCUUUGGGUUCUGAACUUGGUCACGUCCCCUCCUAGUAGAUUUUAUUCCUUUGAAUGUUUUAUUAAAACACCAAAAUCCAACCAUUGCUUCCACCUUCUUGGUCGUGCCAGUGUUUGGUCGGGCCUCUUUCUCAGUGUUGCUUUCAAAUUCUUCUCUUUCCUGGCCUGGGAAGGGACAGAGGAGAGAAGAAAGGACACUUCUCUGCCUCUGGCUCUCCCUGCCUCUUUGGUGCUCUUAAAAGGCAACAGCUGGGCGCAAGGCAAGGCCCUCAGGGUGAGGGCAGCCACGCUGAAGUAACACCUCCCUCUCCACAUGUGUUGGAGAUCACCUUCCACUCAGCUGUCUUUGCAAACGAGAAGAGUAGCAUGCCUCUGGCAUCCUGAGUUAGGAUCGGAGCUCAGAUGGGCCUGAAUAAAGGGCUUCUCUUGCCACCAUGAGCAUUUGAUUCUCUCCAUCUCCUGAGAUCCAGGCACAUCCAUGACAGAAGAGGACUUUUCGUUGCUGUUGAGAAUUACUUUCUUAGGUGUUCCUAACUUUCACUAGUACUAGGUAAUCUCAGCUUCUAUGAGACUCAAGCAGGGCUUUGGGAAAGCUAGUCUGGAACAGAGGGAGCACAUUCUGUGGCCCUGGUUCUAAUUUUCAAUCCUAAACCAUCUGUUUCCCCUACCGUUAGCAUAUCCUUUGGGGGAACUUUUUGUUUCAGUAUCAGAAUCUCCUAAGGUGAGUGGAAGUGACAUGCAGCCUCCUGAUGUGGCACGUAGAGGAAAUUAGCAUGAAGCAUUUGCAUCUGUCUUGUCUGUCAGAGCUGAGUGUCCAUUUCCCCAUCAUGCCACUUCUGAAAAUUCAAUUUUGGGGGCAAGUUCUGUAAGCCAGAUGAGGAUCUAUAGAACCAAGAGGCCCAGAUACAGAAAUAAUAUAUUCAACCUGGGAUCAGACUUCUGUGCUUGGGGGAUCCAGCUGGUAGAACCCAUAACCGUGUGCUCUAAGUACUUUGAAGAAAAGAGCAGGCCUCAGACACCUUUCAAGUGCUUAGGAGGAGCCAUUAUCUCUGACUGCAGGUUUUUAUAACUUGAAGACCAGAGAAAAGGAAAUGCAUGGCUAAAGAGGAAUUUGGAAAUAGCCAAAGAAGAGGAUUUCCCCUUGAAAGCUAACGUGUUCUAAUCAUGAAAAAGUUUAUUUUUCUUCAUAAUAGGGAAUCUUGCUAUUUUAAGCUUUUUUAUGGUCCCUUUAUUUUAAGGGAAACAAGUGAAGGGGAGGAUUAGCUCUUAAUUUAUAACUCAGAGAUUUGGGGGCCUAUCGUAGAACUGGGAAUGAUGGUUUUGUAGGCAGAGGGAGCGUGUCAAAUGGGAAGCAUCUAUAUACCUCAUUGGCUGGGCUGGGGAUAUGUUGCAGUACCAGCCAUAAACACCAGAUGGAGGAAAAGACGCGUUAAAUAACUCUAGUCGGAACAUCCACUUGGGUCCCAUCUGCUGCUGUUACCCAGCCCGAGUCCAACUCAUCCCUCUGCGACCUCUCUAUGCCGUGAAAAUAAAUCUUUCAUAGCCACUUGGUCACACUCAGGACUUCUGAAUGAAACAUUCAACCAGAACUUUAUAUUCUACACAAGCUUUCCUUGCUGUAGAACAACCCCUUAAUGCCUUCACGAUGGGCAACAUGAUCUGAGGAAGCCUCUCUUUCUUCACUUAUUAACUUCCCAAGCAUAGAAAUUCCUGAGAAUGCCAAGAAAACUCCCACUGUUUUCUUGGCUUUGAUUUCUGAUUACUUGUUACUUAAGAUUUAUAUUCAGAUUUGUCCUGUUCCAUGAGACGCAUCUAAGAGCCCCAUACAAAGGGUUUAGGACGAGAACAUGACAAUGAGUCACAGCCCUCUCAAAAUUCACUGGCGUCUCACCCAAGUGUGGGAGGCCAUGCUGGGUCCUCCUCUCCCCACCAUGCUUUCUUUUGCUGUCUCAUCCCUUGGCCUGGCCCCUCUCUAAGUGACCUGCCUUCCCCUCACCUUCUCCAUUAUUCCUAAACCCAGAUGACAGUCAACUGAGUUUCUCUCUGGGAGGGUCACCAUCUUGGGUAGUUGAGAAGGUAUUUGUGGAACUGUUAAAUCAGCCAUCCCGUGGAGAUAUUUCUUCUAAGUUUUCUAAAAAUGGCAGGAUUGUAGUUAUCCCGAAAAUGGGUUUUCUUUAAAGUCCAAUCAUCCUGUGGCUUUUUCUUCGUAACUACACCCAGAGAGUCAUGCUCUGCUCCAAAGGCCUCAAUCCAAAGCCUGGACUGUUCACCCUGAGAAGCUCUUCCCAACAGGGUGAUAAUUCCCACCAGCUCCUUGCCCCAAGUUUCCCAAGCCUUCUCCCUUAGAAAACUCCAGCUUGAGUCCCAGCUAUACACAUGGGCUUUCCUGGGCAGCCAGCAUCCAUUGUAAGUUCCCUCUUGGAAAAUGGUGUGUGGGUGUCAGUUCUGUGUCUGGUGAAUAUGGACAGACAGUAACUAUCUCCCUGUGAUCUGUGGUAGCUGUGAGGCAGCUCUGGAACGUGAAGAGCUGUUUGGUUUGAAUCGUGAAGAAAACUGUGUUUUGAGUUUAGCUGAGAUUAAGAAAAAAAAAAAAGUUCAUCAAGUGACUGUUAAUGUAAACCUGGUUAUUAAAAUAACUCAAAUUAUA